AGGGCGCAGCCCCGGCAACUCGGAGCGCUGUGCCCUAGCUGAAAUUAGAAGGUCGGAGGCGAGAUGAGCCGGGCGCCAGCGUUCCUGAGCGCAGCCGAGGUGCAGGAGCACCUUCGCAGCUCCAGCCUCCUCAUCCCGCCGCUGGAGGCGGCUCUGGCCAACUUCUCCAGCGGCCCCGACGGAGGGGUCAUGCAGCCGGUGCGCACCGUGGUGCCGGUGGCCAAGCACAGGGGUUUCCUGGGGGUCAUGCCGGCCUACAGUGCUGCAGAGGACGCCCUGACCACCAAGUUGGUCACCUUCUACGAGGGCCACAGCACCGCCUCCACGGUCCCCUCCCACCAGGCCAUUGUGCUGCUCUUUGAGCCCAGCAAUGGCUCCCUUCUGGCGGUCAUGGAUGGAAAUGUCAUAACUGCAAAGAGAACAGCCGCGGUUUCUGCCAUUGCCACCAAGUUUUUGAAAGCACCCAGCAGUGAGGUGUUGUGCAUCCUUGGGGCUGGGGUCCAGGCCUACAGCCACUAUGAGGUCUUCACAGAGCAGUUCUCCUUUAAGGAGGUGAGGAUAUGGAACCGCACCAAAGAAAAUGCAGAGAAGUUUGCGGACACGGUUCAAGGAGAGGUACAGGUGUGUUCAUCGGUCCAGGAGGCUGUGACAGGGGCAGAUGUGAUCAUCACAGUCACCAUGGCAACAGAGCCCAUUUUGUUUGGUGAAUGGGUGAAGCCAGGGGCUCACAUCAAUGCCAUCGGGGCCAGCAGACCCGACUGGAGAGAGCUGGACGACGAGCUGAUGAAACAGGCUGUGCUUUAUGUGGACUCCCAGGAGGCCGCCCUGAAAGAGUCUGGAGAUGUCCUGUUGUCAGGGACCGAGAUCUUCGCUGAGCUGGGAGAAGUGGUGAAGGGAGUGAAGCCAGCACACUGUGACAAGACCACAGUGUUCAAGUCUUUGGGAAUGGCGGUGGAAGACAUGGUUGCAGCCAAACUAGUGUAUGAUUCCUGGUCGUCUGGUAAAUAAAACGAAGGAACUUUGCAUUGAGGUAGAAGCUACAGCUCAAGGGAUGUUGUUACCAGCUGUCUUGCAAUUUCUAGAUCAAAUGAGGGAGCCCAGUGCCUAGUGAGCUAUAGUUUUGAGCUUAUUGUGUCUUACCUUAAACAAUGAGAUCCCCAUUUGUGUGUGUAGUUGGAAAGCAAAACUAGGUGGCCAUUUCUUCUGUUUCACCUGACUAUAGUAAUACUCCCUUUCCCCUAUAUUUCACUGCAUUUUGUAAUUCCUUGAAAUAAAGCAUUUUCCCAUUCUGCAGUUCUUGCUUUGGUCAUUUCUGUGCUUCAUGGCAAAGAAAGUGAGGGGAGCAUGUGCUUCCAUUCACUCCCUGGGGGAGUUUCAAGGACUAUAAUUAAAUUUAUUUCUAUUUUUUUAAUUAGCAUACAAUUCAUGUACCAUAAAAUUUAUGAGUUUAAAGUACACAAUUCAGUGCUUUUUAGCAUGUUUACAGGGUGCAACCAUUACCACUCUGUAGUUCCAGAACAUUUCAUCACCCCCAAAAAGAACCCUGGUACUCAUUAGCAGUCACUCCCCUUUCUCCUUUCUUCCCAGCCCCUGCCAGCCACUGAUCUACUUUCUAUCUUUAUGGACUUGCCUCUUCUGGACAUAUCACAUAAAUGGAAUCAUACAUUAUGUGGACUUUUGUUUCUGGCUUCUUAUAAUUUAAAUCUCAAGGCACAGUGGACCUUCUGUAUUGGUCAGGACUCCUUUGGUCACAAGUGGUAGAGACCACAACUCAAACUACCUUAGGCAGAAUGAAUGAAUGAGGAAUGGAAUGUAUUGGCUCUUGUAAUUAAGAAGAACACAGCUACAGCUGUAUCCAGGGCUCCAAGUGUCCGCAGGACCCAGUCUUGCUCUCUCCAUCCCUCAGCUCUGUUUUCUUCAGUGUUGGCUCCAUUACUAAGUAAGUUUUCCCCUGGCUGUUCUCUUCAGCAACCCUAGCAGAAAUGGAGAUUAUCCCAGAAUUGAGACUCAGGGGACCGUGUAGGUCAUGUGCCCAUUUCUGUGCCUAGCAUUGUGGCUAAAUGAGAUGGAAUACUCUGGCCCACGCCAGCGCCACGUUCAUUCUAUCCCUGAAGAAACAUCAUCCAGGGGAAUCUGAUAUCCCUAUGAUCUAGGCCUGGAUCACACGACCCCCUCUUGAAGUCAAGAGUAGACUUAGCCCACCUGACCACAUGAGCUGAUAGAAGGGAAGGGGUCUCUUAGCAAAAAGAGGGAGAAAUGGGUAUUGGGUAGGCAAAUCUACAGAUGUCUACUAAAGUAUCAGUGUUGAGAGGGUCAUUAGGAAUCAUCUAGUCCAACCUCUUCAACUUACAGAUGGGGAAACUGAGGUGUGUUUUCCCCAGCUCCCCUGAAUCACUAGCAGAGAUCCACCCCCAUUCCUAGGCUGGUGAUCAGAGAAGUCACCAGCAAAGAAAAGCAUUUUCUAUUGCUUUGUUUUCCUACCCAAACUCCUCCUAACAGGUCCUUUUUUCAUGCUCUAGGUGACCUAGCCCCAAAUUUAUCAUGUUUGCCAGGCUGUCUGGAUGGGGGCCUUUGCACUGGAAUAAAAUAUCCAUGUGAUCUGCUUCUGCACAUCGCAAGUGACUGUGAAGUCUUUCUGGGGAACUUAAUGGUCACAACCCUAAGGCAUGUGUAGAGAAGGGUGUAUGAUAAUGGGAUUAUUAAAAUUGCCUUGAUUACAGUAAUUUCUCUGACACUGGCCAUACCAACUUCUUUCUAGAUGUGUCUCCUGAGGCAAGGGAAACAAAAGCAAGAAUAAACUAUUGAGACAGCCUAAAAAUAAAAAGCUUCUGCACAGCAACUGAAACAACCAACAAAACUAAAUGACAACCUACUGAAUAGGAGAAGAUAUUUGCAAGUGACAUAUUUAAUAAAGGGUUAGGAUCCAAAAUAUAUAAAAAACUUACACAACUCAACACCAGAAAAACAAACAAUCCAGUUAAAAAAUGGGCAGAAGACCUGAACAGACAUUUCUCCCAAGAUGUCAUACAGGUGGCCAACAGACACAUGAAAGGAUGCUCAACAUCACUAAUCAUCAGAGAAAUGCAAAUCAAAACCACAAUGAGAUAUCACCUCAUACCUGUCAGAAUGGCUAGAAUAAAAAACACAAGAAACAACAAGUGUUGGCGAGGAUAUGGAGAAAAAGGAACCGUUGUGUACUGUUAGUGGGAAUGCAAACCGGUGCAGCCACUGUGGAAGAGUAUGGAGGUUCCUCAAAAAAUUAAAAAUAGAAAAAAAAUUAAAAAUAGCACUACCAUAUGAUCCAGUAAUUCCACUGCUGGGUAUUGACCCAAAGAAAAUGAAAACACUAAUUCAAAAACACAUAUGCACCCCUGUGUUUAUUGCAGCAUUAUUUAGAAUAGCCAAAUUAUGGAAGCAGUGCAAGUAUCCAUCAAUAGACAAAUGGAUAAAGAAGAUGUGGUGUGUGUGUGUAUUUAAUGGAAUAUCACUCAGCUAUAAAAAAGAAUGAAAUCUUGCCAUUUGCAACAACAUGGAUGGAUCUAGAAGAUAUAAUGCUAAGUGAAGUCAGUCAGUCAAAGACAAAUACCAUAUAACUUCACUCAUAUGUGGAAUUUAAGAAAAAAAUGAACAGAGUUAAAAACAAAAAAGAAAGAAAGAAAGGAAGAAACCAAAAAGAAACAGACUCUUAACUAUAGAGAACAAACUGGUGGUUACCAGAGGGGAGGUGAGCAGGAGGAUGGAUGAAAGAGGUGAAGGGGAUUAAGAAUACACUUAUCCUGAUGAGCACUGCAUAGUGUAUAGAAUUGUUUAAUCACUAUAUUGUAUGCCUGAAACUAAUAUAACACUGUACAUUAACUAUACUGGAAUUAAAAUUUUUUAAAAA